AUGUCUUGGGCGAGCCUGAAGCACUCCUGGACUCACCAGCCAUACACAGCCAACGUGGAGUAUGGAGCUGUCCAGCUGCUGGAGCUCGAUGGAGUCGCUUCCACAGCACAGCCGCAGCUGCAAGAAGUGGACUUCAGGGCGAUCCUGCGCAACGAGCCACGCUGCUGGGCCACAGCUGGGGCCUUCAUGGAGGCACCUGCAGCUAUUGCUGCCACCCUUCAGCUCGCGCAGGAAGUCAUGGCUGCACAACGCAACCACACCCCUGGGGAGGCGGCCUUCUGGGCGGGGGCGGUGCAGUACGUGCUGUCCCUGCGUGACGCGCAGAUGACAAAUGCUGCGUCAGCAAGGUGGGACCACCUGGCGGCCGCGCUGUGCACGCUGCAGGGCGAGGGCGCACUGUUGUGGACGUUCCCUCGUCCCAGCGCCAGCCUGGACGGGCGCUAUGUGUGGGAGCGCGUGCAUUGGCUGGCUUUCCUGCUGCAGGCCGCCCGCGAGCGCAUUGCCGACGGCCUCUUGCUGGGAGACACUGACGGCCCCCUGCUCAGGAAGGCGAGCAGGGUGGCUGCUGGGGCGCUGCUGCUGCACGGAGAGGCAGCGCCCGCGGUGCGCAAGGAGGCCGUGGACCUGCAGAAGAUGAUUCAGGCGGCGGGAGGGGACACCUCCGCAGCCGAGGCCGGCCACAUCAGCGGCAAUGCCACCUCAGCGCAUGAUAGCGCAGCUGGCGUGCCAUCAUCCGUCCUCCUCUGGGCGCGCCGCCAUGAAGCCCUGCAGUCAGGGGCGGCGCUGGACCAGUGCAGGGAGCAGGGUCAUCAGGCGCUGCCUUUGCUGGUGGAAGGCCCGCAGAGUGCUAAAUCGUUGGAGGCAGCGUGGCGGGCAGCACGUGUGCUGGCGAAAGAUAGCUCUGCUGCAGCCAUCGACGUGUGGAUGCCCUUUGUGCACGCCUGCAGGCAGCACGGCACAGACAUGGACCUGUUGCUGGCCCUGACACAGGGUGAGCAGCCGCCACAGGCCACUCAGUUGGCCAAAGCCACGGUUCUGCUCGUGGGAGCAUGGCGUGGGGCUGGCAGGAUGCAGGACUGGCCUGUAGAUGCAGCCACCACGCUCAUGGGCCUCAGUAGCUUUCUUGUCCACUCGCUGCUCCAGGAAGUGGGCCAGGCUGGUGGGCAGCCCCUGAACUUGGACAACAUGGAUACAGAUGCUGUGCCAGACACUCCGCCAGAAGAGGAGAGCGCGGCUUGUGAGCCAUGCAUGAGAGCGCCCAUGCUGGAGGCGGCUGUGGCGGCAAAUCCCCGCGCGGUGGCCGAAUAUGCCACAGCCGCCGUCCUCAGCAUGGGCACCGCGGGUACCGGCAGCCUCACUCUGGACGCGCUCUUUGAUUCAAUGACACCCGCUGUUGCCACCACCUCAUCCAGCGGCGUUGUCUCUGAGAUGGCCGCCGACCUGCGACACUUGUGCAGCGGAGCUGAAGCAGACAGCCCUGUGCAAGCAGCUGACACCUGGCAGCAGGAGAGCGGACAGAGGCUAGCGGGGCUCGUGAGGCAGCUGGCUGCUGCGGCCGUCCUGACUCGGCAGCGGGCCUUUGUUGGGAGCUUGGAGAGCGCUCUGCAGAGCCUCAAAAGGAUGGCACCAGCAGGUGGCAGGCCUGCAGCUGAGGGCCUGCUCAGCCUCGGGGAGCAGGGGGCCUUGGUACAACACAUCCUGCUGUGUCCAGCUGCCGGGGAGCGAACGCUGCCAGGGGCCAAGGACUUGGAAAAAGGCGCAGACAAUGCGCUGCUGCAGGAAUGCAGCCCGGGCAGGCUGCUGUCGGCGCUGCAGCCGCUGUGCGUGGAUUACUGUAGUGCAUGCGCCGGCGCAGCUGAAGGGGAAUCCGGCAUGGUGCAUGCGGGCUUGCUGCCCCUGUGGCUGCCCCAGCAGGUGCAGGCAAGCUGCCGGGGUGACGGCCUGCCAGUGCAAGCAGACAGCCUGGCGUGCUUGUGCUGCAGUUGGGGGGGCUGCCUGCGCGAAUUAGUCUUGGACGCGCUGUUAGGGCUGGUGCAUGAUGAAGCUUGCGGCGCGGAUUCCCAGCGGCUGGUCGCCGCUGUGAAAGGAGGCCUGCUGCCCUGGCUGAUGUCCGGAGCAGAGCCAGAGCAGGUGCCUGAAGAGGCGUGGGCAACGCAGUCCCUGGAGUCUUCUGCUGAGCGCCUCCUGAGCGCCUUGGACAGCCGAGACGGCUGCAUGCGACACUGCGGCCUCCAGAUUGUGCUGGACAAUCUGGGCUGCAGACAUGGCCUGGCCGCAGGCAUGGCGCAUGCGCUGGCGCGGCGAGGGCGGGCUGCGGCAUCGGUAGAGCUGCUUACUGCAGCACGCAUGUCGGUGAAGCGGCUGCGCGCGGAGGCAGACAGCCAUCGGUCAUCCCAGGCGGCGCUGCUAAACUUGGCGCGCUGCGCACUUGCCUCCAUUACACAGCGCAGCACCGGUGCUGAGGAAACGCUGGCUGUGCCGCUCUCCUGCCUGCAAGAGAUGGCUGCGGCUGCGCCCUGGCUCCUGCAGCGCUGGGAGUGCUUCCCAGCCUUGCUGCAGCAGCUGGUCAAUCUAGCAUGCACAACCCCUCCAGAAAUACCUUUGGCGGACCAGAAGUCUGGCGCUGUUUCUGAGGAGGCCCCUGCUCUGCAAAUUGUUGCAGUGCGCACCCUGGUGGCGUUGGGUGCGCAUGAUGAGCGAGCAAGGCAGGUGUAUCUCAGCAAGCUGAUCCCUGAAGCGAUGGCUGCGGACACCAGUCGGGACGCUUGCUGGCAGGCUGUGCUGGCUGGCUGCUCUGCAGUAUUUGCAGCUGGCCAGGGGUCUCUGCCAGGGUCAUGA